GUCUUCCGGUCGGGCCGAGCUCGUCGCUAGGUUUGUUGAAGGACAUCGGCCGCCGAGUUUGGGGUUCGGACGAAGAUUGACGUCAUGGCUGGUGCAGAAAGUGAUGGCCAAUUCCAGUUCACUGGUAUUAAAAAAUAUUUCAACUCUUAUACCCUCACAGGUAGAAUGAAUUGUGUCCUGGCCACAUAUGGAGGCAUUGCUUUGCUGGUCUUAUACUUCAAGUUAAGGCCUAAGAAAACUCCAGCUGUGAAAGCAACAUAAAUGGAUUUUGAAAUGUCUGACCUCACCUGUUAAGUCCCAUGCCUGAAGAAGCUGAUGUGAACUCAUCAUGUAAUACUCAAUUUGUACAAUAAAUUAUGAACC